CUAAACACGCGGAAGUUGAGGGGGAAACACUUGCUAACAACAACAACGAGCUGUCUCGCAGUUUUUGAUGUGUUUUUGUCUCCUGGAGGGUUUUUAAACAGACAUGGCUUUACCGGCUCAGCUGAAGGGCAUCCAGCACUACCUGCGGACCGCACAGGAGCACGAGAAACGGGACCCGGUCGUGGCUUAUUACUGUCGACUCUAUGCUAUGCAGACAGGCAUGAAGCUGGACAGUAAAACACCAGAGUGCCGAAAGUUCCUGGUCAAACUCAUGGACCAGCUGGAGACGAUGAAGAAGGAGCUGAGUGACAACGACUCCAUCACUCAGGAGGUGGUCGGUAACGCCCACAUCGAAAACUACGCCUUAAAGCUCUUCCUCUACGCCGACAACGAGGACCGAUCAGGCCGAUUCCACAAGAACAUGAUCAAAUCUUUCUACUCUGCCAGUUUGCUGCUGGAUGUCGUGUCUGUGUUCGGGGAGUUGUCGGAGGAGAACGUCCAGCACAGGAAGUACGCCCGCUGGAAGGCCACCUACAUCCACAACUGUUUGAAGAAUGGCGAGACACCUCAGGCCGGGCCCAUCGGCAUGGACCAGGACGAGGAAGCAGAUGAGUUUGGAGCUGAAGGUUUCUCAGGCCAGGGUCUCUCCCACGGGGGUUCCUUCAGGGACCACCAGGACAACCAGGACCAGAGUUUGGGGCCGGGUCCUGCCCCGGGUAUUGGCUUUAGUCCAGGUCCGGGGCCGUCGGCCCCCACCACCAACUUCAACAACAUCCACAUCCCACCAGGGGCCCACGCACCGGCCAACACUCCGGCCGAGCUGCCUCCACCCACAGCAGAAGCUGUUAAACCAGUGCCCCUCCCCCGAUCAGUGCCCACUGUUGACCCCACACUGCUCAACGCCCAGCAGCAGGGCGGCGUUCAUCUCUCCCCAGACGACUUCACCAAGGCCCAGAAGUACUGCAAGUACGCCGGCAGCGCCCUGCAGUACGAGGACGUCGGCACGGCCAUCCAGAACCUCCAGAAAGCCCUGCAGCUCCUCACCACCGGCAAAGAAUGAAACCUUUGUCCUCCUCCGAUCCAAUCCCUCCUUCCACGCCCCCCUCCCCUUUUUCUCCCCAGCAGCGCCGCUCUCUCUAUCUGCACUGAGGACGCGCACACACACACACACACACACACACACACACACACACACACACACACACACACACACACACACACACACACACACACUGAGGCCGUUCAGCUCGCCGUCAGAGGACAUGAUGGAAAUCAGUCUGCAACAAUGGCUGCCAGUGUCCGACCCUGCGUCGCUCUGACUGACUGACUGACAGACUGACGGCUAUUAGAGCCCAAACAGCAGGGCAGAGCUUCUUUAUUGACCCGUUAUUGGCUUAUUCCAGAUUCAUCAGGAUCCUCACAUACAGACAUUGUUGUGAUGCAGCCAAAUAGAAGUAGUUUAAUAGAGCGCACUCAUUUCAUACACAGUGGCCGUUCAGUGUGGUUUACAAUGUACACUAAAUAAGUCAUAAGACAGGAUCAAAACAAAACAUUAAAGUUAAAUCCAGAAAUAGUUUGCGAUCAGAUUCUGUUUCUGAGCUCAGAUCCUGCGCUUCUUCUCCCGUCGUCUGCUAACGUCCGGCUCCUCGUUUAGUGUUGAUAAACUGACUCUAAUGGUGUGAAUCAUCAGAUUCUUCUUUCUGAACCUGGCUCUGCCUUCAUCGCCGUCUUCUCAUCGGACUCUACAAGAAGAAGCAUGUUUCAAAAACUACAGCCGCUCCCAGCAGACUGACGAACAUGACGCGUGACUUAGCUAGAGCAGGAAAUCACAGCUGACCACCGACUGACGUUUGCUACGGACUAAACUCUGACUGACUGAGCCGGCUGACUCGUGGAGCAGUUCCUCUCGCAUGCAGGUGAUGAAUCUGACUGCUGAGCAGCUUUCCAGAAGCCGGUUUCUUCAGAUUCUUCUCUUCCUCUGCAGCUGAGUUAGUUGACAGCGGCCACAUCUUCCUCCAUUAUAGUCUUAACGGAAGAACUGACCCUCAAACCUUUUUCUUUCUUUUCUUUACCUGUAAAAUGCAGUUCAGAAUGUGUUUGACUACAUUUGGGUUACACUUUGAUUUAGUGUUGACAUAUCUCUGUCUCUGAGGCCGUGAUUUAGUUUCUGCUUGUUAUUUAACAAUUAAUUUAAGUUUCUCAGAACUUAUUGUAGUGGGACGGGACUUUAAGGGUGUUCUCUCAUAUCUCAUCAUCAGAGUGGUUCAAGUUCAUUUGAAUAAAAUAUUUGAAAUGA